AUGGGGCUCGUCAAAAAAGCUUUAUUGAUUGCAUUCCUUGCUUGGGUAUUGGUGCGAAUUAUUAUGAUCAAUAGAAUUCUGUAAGUUUGUCUAUAAUGUAAAAUUUCUUGUAUGCUAGUAUUUAACUAGGUCUAUAAAUUGCAAUUACCGAGUCAGAAAACGUAAUUUGCACACGCAGAUGCAAGAUUCAGACUGGCCAAAUUGUAUACCCACUUUUCUUAUGGCCAAUUUUGCAAUUCUUUCCAGAAAAACUUGGGGGGGGGGCGCAUGACCUUAUAAUGUUUUCAUCUAAAACAUAACAUAUACCAAACCUGUUGCUUUUAGAUUAUCCUAAAACCAGUGGUGGACACUUCAAAUAGCAUUUUUCAGACCUUAACAAUAGAAAAAUUUUCCGGGGGGUCAUGCCCCCAGAUGACUGGACAAUAAUAGACCCCCACUUGUUUGGAGCUGGCUACAUAUGCUACAUUGCAUGGGAACCUGGUAAAUGUUUUAUUUUGUUCAUUUAUUAGUCGUACACUGGGAAUGGGAAUACCAGUGUUCAACCAUAAUCCUGGACCGUGCAAGUUGUUUCAUGGUAUUGUAUUGUAUCUUACAUAUCUGUCAUGUUACCUUGAUCUUAUAUAACUAGCUGUGCUUAUUGGAGAGCGAAAGUUGUGUAACUAUAUGAUUGUAUCAAUCAUGUGCCAAAAAUUUUAUUUUACAGUAAAUGGUUCUGAAGACAUUGAUGUACUACCAAAUGGACUUGCCGUAUUUUCAUCAGUAAGUAAUUGAGGGUUUAAAUGGGGGCCCGGAAUGCAUUCCCCCACUUUUCAUGGGCAAUUAUGCCAAACACCAACAUACAAAUGUAAUACCAACUGUAACAUGGCAGCACUCUCCCCUUGACGAGUAAAACCAUCUGGCGUUGGACAUGGCGAAAUAUAAAGUAAAAUCAUGUUUAACUCAUGAGUUUUUCUAUUUUACAGGGACUACAUUUUCAUAUGAACCCCUCUGGAGUUGACCCAGCCAUGCAUCACUUUAAAGGAAUACUCUAUACCUUCGACCUGAAUAACCCUGAAGCGAAACCCACACCGCUAUCGUAUGAAAAUUUUGAUGACUCGGAAUUUAUGCCUCAUGGAAUUGAUUUUUACAUUGACCCAAAAACUCAAGAAGUCAGUUUGUUUGUUGUGAAUCAUGGUGCAGGACAACAUAGUAUUGAGAUUUUCCAAUUCGAUCACGCAAAUAUGGUGCUAAAACAUAGGAAGACAGUUGUUGAUGAAAAGAUAUCUUCUCCAAACGAUGUUGUGGCUGUAGGUAUGUGGAAGACAGUGUUUAAUCAGUGUUGUUAUUAGAUCAUGUAGAAUGUUAAUGAAUAACUUAGUUCUUGCACUUCACUUGGUGGAAUUAAUAUUAGGAUGUUAGGGUUUGUAAUCCAAGCUCACUUGGAGGUCUGCAGAGGCCAGCUGUUGUGCUGCAUUUUUCGCAGUCGUUCCUGGUUAGGUCUUAAAAUGUAUAUAUUCUCACUUGGAUUACAAACCCUAACAUCCUAAUAUUAAUUCCACCAAGUGAAGUGCAAGAACUAAGUUAUUCAAGUCCACCUUAUCACAACCUGCACACCCGAUUACCUAUAUAUACGUGAACUUACGGUUACAGCUCAACAGCUGGCCUCUGUAGCUCAGUUGGUUAGAGCGCUGCUCCGGAAUCGCAGGGCCGUAGGUUCGAUUCCUACCAGAGGACCUUGUGCUGCAUUUUUUGCAGUUGUUCCUGGUUAGGUCUUAAAAUGUAUAUAUUCUCACUUGGAUUACAAACCCUAACAUCCUAUUUAGAAUGUUUAACUUAAUGACCUGUUUUUAGUUACAGACACUGAACUUUUUAAACUGAUGUCAUUGAUGUAGUUGACAUUAUACCUCUCUAAGUGUUAAACCAUUAGAAAAGUGUUUUGGGGGGAGAUUUUCAACAUGCUUGAAUUUUUCAGCCAUCUAUCUGUGCAGGAUUUUUUCCCAGUAUUUUAAACAUUUUUAUGCUUUCUGCUUUGCAAGAUUUUAUUUUCUUUCGUUUUCCCCUUUGCAAUCUUUUUCGCUUUUUCAUAUAUAGUCUGUCUUUAACACAUCACAUAUGGCCUGUCCUUAAGUCUAAUAUAACACGCUCAGUUGUGUAGUAGAUUCAAAACGUGGAAUUGACAAUAAAGCAUAGCUAUAAAAUGCACUCUUUGUUGUCCAGGACCUGACAGUUUCUAUACUACAAAUGAUCGUUACUUUCACAAUACUUUAUUGGGUUUGGUGGAAGGAUUUUAUCCAUUAAAGUUAUCGAAUGUUGUCUUUUCUGAUGGUUCACAUGCAAAGUCUGUUGCAGAACAUUUUCAAAUGGCAAACGGAAUCAACAUCGAUGCAAGUGAAAAGUAAGUGGACAGAUGGAUGAUACGUAAGUCAAGAAUGCGAAUAGUAACGCACCCUGGAGAGUAAAAUAACUAAAUAAGCAUGUAUGGUGCGUUGCAGUACAUAAUGGACAUAGUUUAAUUAUAACGUUUGUCAAUAUUAUUUAGAUACGUUUUUGUCGUAUCUGGACUUGCAGGCGAGGUGGUGAUUUUUGAACGUACUGAUAAGAACGAUUUGAUUGAGCAGCAGGUAUGUAUAUAUUGCACCCCUCUGUUAGAAAUUUAAAAGUGUUUAUCUUGCAAGUUAUUGCUUAUUUUCCACCGAGGGGGGCGGGGGGGGAUGAUGCAGAGGGGGCAAAUUAAUUAAGUGGCUACGAUAUUCUACAACUACCGAUUUGGUUGGGAUAAUCCCAAACUGACCCUUUCCACUGUAGCUGCAUGUGUAGUCUCCCACGCAGCCGCUCCUUAUUAAAGAGCGGCUGCGUGGGAGACUACUGCUGUACUGCAUGUGCUCUGUGAUCAGAAUUUCAGAAAUGAGUCAUUUAAUUAUAAGGCCGGCUGCCAAAUGUGUCCUUAGUAAUUAAAUCUUCCACUGAACCAUGUUGAACUGCAUCAUUCGUAAUUCAGCUUAGCUCUCAGCUGCAAGCUAGUAAGGAUAAUUAGCAUAAUUAGCACAAACCCCUACUUACCCAGUCACCUAUUUACUCAGGGCCGUUCCUAGACGCGAUAAUUGGGUCAUAUAUUCUGCCCGACUUCUUUUGAAGCGAUUGUUUUACGGUGCCGUAUGUGAAGAUGAAUAUCUGAUUUACCCCCCCCCCAAUUAUCGCGUCUAGUUAUGGCCCUGUAUUUACUGUCUAUCUAUUUUUCUUCCUAGCGAAUCAAGACAGGUGUAGGAUUGGAUAACAUCGAUGUUGAUGAAAACGGCGAUCUGUGGCUUGGAGUCUCAAACUUUGCCUAUCUUGAUUACAGCGCAAACUUUACCAAACCUUGUCCGGGCGCUGUGCUACAAGUGAAAUUAAGUAAGGUUGAAGGUAGCAAAGUACCUUUUAAAGUCGACGACAUUCGUGAAGUGUUUGCAAACAGUGGAACUGGAGAAUUCAAGUGCGUUGCAACUGCCUUGUUUCAUCGUGGGAAGCUGCUGAUUGGCAAUCCUUUCAGUAAUUUGAUGUACUGUAAUGUAGUCGCUUAUUAAACCCACAGUUUUAAUGCAAUUGACCAUUUGCGUAAUAGACAAAAUUUAGAUCUCAACAAAUCUAGACAAACAUUUCAUCACAGCUUGAAAGAGCAUCACAAAAUUAGUAAUAUUCCAAAAUUUCGUUGCGAAAUGUUGUAAAAUGCGGAUAAUAUAGCCUUGCGAAUUUUGCAAUUUUCAGUCAUUUUAGAUUGCAAACGCGAAAUUGACAGCCUCAAAGCGUAUCGGGCUGUCAAUUUCCCGUUUGUAAUCUAAAAUGACUGAAAAUUGCAAACUUCGCAAGGCUAUAUUAUUCGCAUUUUACAACAUUUCGCAACGAAACUUUGGAAUAUUACUAAUUUUGCGAUGCUCUUUCAAGCUGUGAUGAAAUAUUUGUCUAGAUCAAAAUUUAGUCUAUUACGCAAAUGGUCAAUUAGGGCACAUGAAUUUAGAAGAGGUUAAGGUCAAACAUUUGUUAUCCAUUGUCAACUAGACAGGGUUUGCAGCGGUCUUUGAAAUCCUUGAAAGUCUUAAUUUAAAUUUGAAUGCAGAUCCUUUAGGGGUUUUGAAAAGUCUUUGAAUUGUGUGAAAAAGCGAAGAAAGUCUUUAAAAAGCUCGCGAGCCGAACCACGAGAGCUGAAGAAACUCUCAUCAAACGAGAACGGUUGGCAAACGAGGAUUUGUAUGAGAGUUCCCUCAACUCUCGUGGCUCAGUCAAACGAGAACAAGAGUUGCACAAAAGUUGGCAGCGAGGUUGAGGACGUGCAAGAUAAAUGUUCAGAGCUUUACACCCUAUCAGGGCCGUACGCAGCGGGGGGAGGGGGUGCAGGAGAGACAAUUGCCUAAUUUUAUAUAAUUGCCUAAUUAUUAAGCCAAAUGGCGUUUAUAAUCUUGUGAAUUAGAAUGAUCUGACAUGAUCAAAAUCGUGGACUUGUUUCAGAAGAUUUAAAAACAUUUCGGUGACUGGCAAAAGGGCAGAGAUUUUCUGUCAUUUGAGUUGAGAGAACAGAGGGCCAAUAACCUGAGUAUCUGGGUAUUUUUCUCCCUGGAAUGUGGGCAAUAUUUAGAGUGUCGCUCUAACCUUCUUCUCAUAUACGAGUUCAAUGUAAGGACUUUCUACAGAACGAAACCUCAACUAAACUAAACUAGCUUUACACUUGAUGACUCUAUAGCACUUCCAAGCUGUCCUUCUAGAAACCCAUGCAGUUCCCAAGUUGGGAGUUUCGUCGCUUUUUCCUUGUGACAAUUAAACCUACGCAGCUGAAGGUUUUAAUUAAAAUGGGUUGGGGCCCGCCCCUUGUCAAUUACCAUGACGUUAGAGUAAAUCCAUUUACCAAGUCAAUUCCGAGCCCGAGUCACGUAAAAAAGAAAAGAAAUUCAAUAAAAUUCACAGUCGCGAUCGAAUAGUGUUUGGAGUAGAGUUAGGGUACUAAGUCAUUGAACCGUCAAGGAACACUGAUAGCUAUCAAACACGGUAUUUUCAUCAGCUGCAGUCAGGUUACUUCCAUUGCUACUACGAAUUUGGAGGCAGUUGCUAUUCAACGCUCACCACCUUGGAUAACAGCUACCAUCUUGCAUCAUAUUCGUAAAAAGGUUACUGCCCGUAAGAGAUUCCUUAGCCGUGGAACUGAUUAUCUUAAGGCGAAGUUUAACAAACUGAGAGCUGAAGUUAAAAAAAUGAUUCAAAAUAGCAGAGUCAUUUUUCUCGUCAUUAGGAAACACUAUACAAAUCAACCCAAAACGUUUUUGGUCGGUUUUCAAAAUCAAGUCAAGUUCUGGAAAUAUACCCAACUCCGUCACAAGGUCGGAUACCAACAAUCCUGGGACUAGAUUACAUGCUAACACACCACACGACAUUGCAACAACGUUUAACGAGUACUUUCAUUCUGUCUACACAUGUUUCUCUGACCAACCCCCGCCAUCUCAAUCUGGUUCAUCAUCUCCUUUAUCCAGCAUCUCAUCCAUUGACCUCUCUCUAGAAGAGAAGAAGUAUAUCAAGCCUUACUGAACUUAGAUCCUUCUAAGGCUCAUGGUCCUGACGGGUUUCCUUCCCGCAUUUUAAAGGAAUGUGCCCUCCAAUUAGCACCUUCACUUCAUUACUUGUUUUCAAAGUCACUCCGUUUAUCACAGGUUCCCACCGAAUGGAAAUUAGCUAAUAUAAUUCCUCUACUCAAGAAAGGAAACAAAGAUCACGUUGAAAACUACCGUCCCAUUUCUCUGUUGUGUAUCAUAAGCAAGACUCUUGAACGUUGUGUCCUCAACCAUUUAUCGCACCGUAUACAGUCCAACAUUCAUUCGGCGCAGUAUGGUUUCGUCAACGGAAGAUCAAGUACAGCUCAGUUAUUGUCAAUUUUAAACACUAUUGGGAAAAACUUGGAUCAGGGUUUACAAACUGAUGUUGUUUUCAUGGAUAUUUGUAAGGCCUUCGAUAGCGUUGACCAUUCCAUACUUUUACAAAAACUUCACGAUUUCGGCUUCUCUGGUUCUCUCUUGCUAUGGUUUCAAAACUAUUUAUCAGGUCGCUUCCAACGGGUAACUGUACACGGUGCUACGUCUACGUCUCUGCCAAUCACAUCUGGAGUCCCACAAGGAUCGUUGCUGGGUCCCUUUCUCUUCUCAGUAUACAUCAAUGACUUACCUAACAACAUAUCCACUUCCACUGGGGUCGGUUUGUUUGCUGACGAUACCAAACUUUACAGAUGUGUGCAGAAUCCCUGUGAUGCAUUGGUCUUGCAAGAUGAUAUUCAAGGCCUACUUUGUUGGUCGAUAGAAAACCGGCUACGCUUUAACCAAUCUAAGUGUAAAGUGUUGUCAAUAACCAGAAAGAAAUCGCCUUUAAUUUAUCCCUAUAAGCUUGACAAUGAUCAGUUGUUGGUUUCCAACGCACAGGUUGAUCUGGGUAUCACCAUUAGUCCUAAGCUAUUAUGGAACGAUCAAGUAAAUAAA